AGAUGACACUUGGUUUGAUAUUUUGUGAUGCAAUGCCAUUAAAUUCACAAAUUAAGUUUGGCUUAAGUGUCCAAAUACUUUUGGGGGUGCACUGCGUUUCACAAACUCAGUUUACUUAACUUUGCCCACUCAGCCGGACAUUCCCCACACCAAACCGCCCCGGAUAUAUUUAUAGACCGCAGACAGUUUGGGAAAGAAGGGGGGUGUCUGACACAUCUGCUGAAUAUCUGUUAGACUGUGGGGUCAGCCCAAGGUUAAAGCCUCUUCAAUGCCUGCCUUGAUUGGUCGUGGCUGGCACUAAUGAGUGCGUGUGUGUAAUUCUAACCGCCUCUAACACACACACACACACACACAGUCCCAUUGAGGGUAGAGCAAACUCUCUCUCUUUCUCUCUCUCUCCACCGCCAUUGUCAGCGCCAGUCUCCCCUCCCACCGCUCCUGUCUGUCUGUCUGGAGCUGCUCCCCUCUCGGAGGAGGAGGGAGGCGCAGGAGGAGGUGGGCUGUGAGCCUGAGACCGUCACAGAACGCCAUUCUUCUGAAUGAAAACGAGAGGAAAAGACCUUCAAGAUGCUGGGAACGUAUUUACCGUAGUCUAGCAGCAGAAAAUGCGUCGGAGAGUCGCGAGAAUGGCAUGAGACGUGUGUGCACCGAGACCGCAGGCUGCUGCCGCUGCUGUGGAAGUGUUCCUCAGUUCCUGUGAGGGCCGCGGCCGGCGGCUGUCUUCCCCCCCGUCCCGUCACUUCCCCGAGCCCCCAUGCGAAACAUCACGGUCCCGGACAGCAGCUCCAGCAACAACAAUAACAACAACGCCAACUCCAAUGACACAUGCUCCUGCAAUUGCACCCUAUCCCAGCCACAGGGAAUGGAUAUAUCUGAACUGGAGUUUGUUCAGAUAAUAAUCAUAAUUGUGGUGAUGACUGUAAUGGUAGUUGUAAUCAUCUGUUUGCUGAACCACUAUCGGCUAUCGGCCUGGGCCUUCCUCACACGCCACAGCCAGGCCCGUCAACGAGAGGAGGGCAUGCAGCCGGACGGCUGUGCAUGGCCAACAGAUAGUUUGGUGACGCAACAAGGAGCCACUGAGGUGAUGUAUGGGCCACGGAGCGGAGAGCGCUUCAACCCACCUUCAUUUAUGCAAAGGGACCGAUUCAGCCGCUUCCAGCCCACCUACCCAUACCUGCAGCAGGACAUCCACUUGCCGCCCACUAUCUGCCUGUCAGACGGCGAGGAGCUGCCGCCCUACAAAGGCCCCUGUACUCUGCAGCUCAGAGACCCCGAGCAGCAGCUCGAGCUGAGCCGUGCGUCCGUGCGCGCACCCCCCAACCGGACCAUUUUCGACAGCGACCUGAUAGACGUUUACGUGCACGGAGGUGGCCCGCGGCCCCCGAGCAGCAACUCUGGCAAGAGUGCCUCGAACUCACAGGUGGAGGGGCCGCCACCCACCUAUAGCGAGGUGAUGGGUCAGACGUACCCAGGCUCCGCCUCCUUCCUGCACCAGCACAGCAAUAACACACCACCCUCCAACCAGAGGACAGCCAGCCGCCCCACCCAGCCUGGCGCAAGCACAACCCUGUUCGUCAAGGUCAAGGAUAGCCGGCGCGACAAACCCGUGUGACUAGGACACACCUGCAGAGGGCAGUAGAGAGCGUGUGCCGUCACCUGUGCUCUCUAGUACUUCCUCCUGGAUCUAAAGGGGAGUGGCUUCACUGUUAGUACACUCCCCUUGCACAAUUUGAAUCGAAAAUUGAGGAACCAAGUAUACAAAGUUUAUUUUUUGUAUUUUUAUUUUUUUUUUGCUAGAACUUCGGGGCCUUGUAUGGAUGUUUGGGCUCCUCGGCUAAAUCUCUGUUUGUUUGGUUUUGUAUGCUUUCCUGUAUUUAAAGAACACGUGUGUUGGCACAGAUUGUUUGCGUGAGAGACCACAUAGGUCAUAGGAUUGAGACAUUUUCUAUUUGUUUGUGCAUUUCCAGGACUCGUGCACAAAAACUGUUCACAACUAAUCCAAAUUGAGUGCCAUGAAAAAAUCUUAAAUCUUGGGGAUGUGACUCACAACAACAACAACAAAGCUUUUAUGUUGCACUUAUUCUUUAAAGAGUAGAAACGCCUACCCUUAGUUACUUUUCAUAUGUCAAUCCACAUGGUUCCUGGUAUUUUUUCCUUCCUUUUCACGUUUCGCGUUUUCCUGAAAUGGAGAUGUAGAACUCUGAUCCAGCCUACCUGAACUGCAUCAUGGCACUUAUUUAAAAAAAAGAGGGGGUUUAACAAGCCGUUCAGAUUCCAGAUCACUUUUUUCCACCGACCAAGUGAGAGAUACUGGCAUGGAUAUCUGCGGAUGGAAGUCACGACACACGCGCCACUUUCAUCCUGUCGAGUAGCACUUUAAACUUACGUCACUUCAGCAUUGUCAUGGGGUCCAAGUGCAAGGGAAUCAUGGGAACUGUAGUCUUAUGCACAUCCUGUCCCCUUCUGAACGAGUGUGUUUGUUUUCCACUAAAAAAAGCAUGCGUAUUGUUUUUUCCAGUUAUCCAUACUAUACUUAAGUUCACGAUCGUAUAUGGAUCUCAUAUUUUAUCUUUUAUUCUCCUCUCCUGGAAUGCCGUUUUAUUCCGAGGCAGCACAGGAACACACUUGUACCUGUUAUUUGUCAUCAGUAUUUGUUCUUUUAUCAGUUCAAACAAAACGUGUACCAAUCAUAACGAGGUACAUCCCGCUUUUUUUCUUUCUUAAUUUGAAGUCCGUAUUCAAUCACAUGGCACACGUUUGGACUGCUUUCAGACAUGCAGAUUGUGUUUUUCAUCACCCCUGAGCUUUGUAAACCAUCAGUCUUUGGCCUUCCCUAGAAAGUCCCAUAGAAAACCUAUUUAUUAAAGUGACCAGUUUGAGAGGAUAUUUAGUCGAAGUGGGAGGCUUUUAUAUGAUCUUUUUUCCACUUAAAUAGCAGGACUCUCCUAUGGCCCAUCCGCUUCGGCUCUGAAACCUUGGCUUCCCGUCAUUGGCUCUGCUUCCCGUCACUCAUUCUGACCGCGCAGUUUGAGUUCGUACUGUAUUGCUGCUGCCGCUGCUGCUGCUGCUACCGCUACCGCUGCUGCUGUUGUCCGUUCGGCUUGUAGGCCUAUGUCCGCUUCCCCAUUACUUUAUAUUCACGUACCAACCGAGACAUAGAUGUUCGUGCUCUGUUUUGGUUUUCUUUGUUAACAUUAGCGCGUUUCCGCUGUCAUAGUCGUGCUAGGAAAACGAACCCAAAUGUAUUUUUUACGUUUUCAGCCGAGAGGUUUGCAUGUUACUAUUUACACGAGCAAAUUCGGUGCCUAACAGUCAUGUUUAAGCAGACAUAGAAACCCACUUGCACUCAAACGUCCCCACCUUUGUUGUGCCUCACUUCCUAUGGUGCUUCUUUCAGUAGUCGGACUCUGUUUAUUUGUACGGUGCUGUAUAUAACUUGAAUAUAUUAUGCACAUAUCCUACCCAAUGGGUAGAAAACCACAAGAACGCAUUGUUAAUACUGUAAUAUAAUGUAUAGAUAAUAUUAAAAAGAAAACUUUAACAUGGUGGCAUCGAGUUUUGUGAAUGCCUUCAAUUGUGCUUUGUCUUUUUUGUAAAACAGAGUAAAGAGAAAUGCUACAGUAUGGUCACAGAAAUACAAAAAGACUAAUUAUAUUUUUGUUCCUAUACAGUAAAUGCAAAUCUGUUAUGUGAUGAAACAAAUAUUCUGAUUAUAAGGCAGUUAUAUAAAGGAUAACUAGAGCUCUGCUGCUUUUGUAACUUCCAGAGAAAGACUUAUAAUUGCCAGCGCUUGUCAUUUUAUUUAUUGAAGUUUAUUUUGUGACUGCUAGCUGUUGUGUAAUAAUAACCACGCAGAAUAAUAACUCAUUGCAACGAACGGAACGGAUUGUCGAAUUUGGGCUCUGACACUACACCGGGAAGAAGGUUUAGUGGUUCAUAUCAAAUAGCAGCUCAGGGUGAGACACACAGGAGACACAUCGGAUGGAAACGGUUAACAUUCUGUUGUUUUUAUGCACAUAAUCGAGUUGUGUGGUAUAUAAAAGAGCAUCAAAUGAGGAAAAUGCAGCCCAUAGCUGAUCGUUACUGCAUGUUCACGUUGUCAUUAUUUCCUCGGCAUAGCAGUCUGGUUCCGAGCUCUCCGCGCCGACAGGCUCCUUUCCAGAAACACGCGCUUGAAUGAACGAAUCCACGAGCGAGUGAAUGACUGCCUGAAGACUUCUGUGGGUGAGUUCAGCAUCUCGUUCCAUGGAUCUGGAAUUUCCCGCCAAUCCACAGCAACGUUCUCCAUCGGCCUCGAGCGAGAUCACAUCACGGGACUGUAUGACCUAUUGUGGACUACAAACUUUUUUUGUUGUUGUUUUUUACAAGGAGAAACAGUUCAGUGAAAGCGAGGAACGCUGCUAUUUAAUUGUGAUGUCAGCGGUUUUCAGUUUGAGGUCUGUUAAUUGCAAUACUUUUACAGGAAAAAGGUGACUUAAAAACCAACUGAAAAAAAAAAUCAUAAAAAAAUAAAUACAAGAAGAAAAAAAAAACUUGCUCAAAGAUACUGUUGUAGUCCCUCAUGAAACAAUUCCACGCUUGUUCUUUCGCUGUCAUCAAAUGGCUAGAGAGAGAGCAAUUAAAGUUGAGGAAAAGAACCAGAGAAUGAGUCUCUUUUGUGCUUUGUGUUUGUCAUUAUGUUGUGCUCCUCAACAGUGUUGCCAACUAAUUUUCAGGGGAAGUUGCUAA